GUACCAACUUUCGUAUGCCAAGCGUAUCGAAACACACCGUGUGCAGAAAGGUUGCGAAUUAUCUGCGCGAAAGGGAAGAAGGGUCAAAAAUAGAACAGAAAGAGACAAUACAUCUUUCUGGAUGGAGACCGUCUGUUAGAUACAACAGUGUGGAGAAAUAGCUCGAUAAAUGCGGUCACGUUUCACUCGUAUCUCUGCAAAAAUAUCGAUUUCCACCUGCAAGGUCUAGUUAACCUCCUUCUAGGUUAACAAAUUUAAUAGUCACCUACCAGCACAUUUUAUAUCGUAGAGUAUUUAACAAAUACAUAUAUAAACAUUUGAAUUGUUUUGCAAUUUAUUAAUAGAUCGGUGUCGACCGAUUCCAGAUAACCGCGAUUGUCUCUACUCGGUCAUUCGUUCAAGGUCUCAGAUUAGAAUCUUGUUUAACAAUAUUUAAAUCGUCUGGAUCACGUUUGAUUUGACGCAAGGAUUAUGCGGUACAAGGUAUGAAAAGAUAGCGAUACGAGACUGAAGAGAUUGCCGAGCCUGCGCGAAGAGUACCGCGGCAGCGUCGGGUGCAUGGAGGGUAACGGUGGCUCAGGGGCGGCAGUGCGGGUUCAGGGGGCAGCGAGGGCGGGUGCCUCCGUUGAAACUACCCCUUGACAACAGCCCACAACUGUUCUUCGUCGUUCUCACCGAAUUUCACGCCGCGGAAUUUUUCUUUCUUCCCGUUUCUCCACUCGGUCGGAGCAUCGAGGAUCACGCGGCUCGUUCGUUCAGUUUCAGCAUGGAGUGCCCCGAAGCGAUGGAACGAGGACGAAACUUUCGUCUGCUCGCCGAGGAGGAGUUGCCUCGACUCUUAGAUUUCCUCGCUGGCUAUUUACCUGAAUCCUUAAAGUUCCAUCAAACGUUGUUGACCUACAUGCGGGACAGAGUAUGGGACUUUCAUUUCUACGUGGCUAACAACUGGCCCGAAGAUGCUAUCUGUUUACAUUUUCCAGGCAUGACGCUAUCUCCACACGGUCUGCUUUUCGAGAGCGUGGGCGUGUUUUGCCCGAACGAUCGACUGGAGCUGCUCAAGCUGCUAAGGGAGGAGGAUAUUUUGAUCGACUGGACGAAGCCUCUUUAUAUUAACUUCGUUCACUUCGACAUCGCCGAGGAGUUGACGCGUCUCUACGAAGGUACAGGAACCAUCGACACGGUUGUCGGCGACGUUUACGUGUGCGCGGACGAGGAGAGCCUCAACGAUGUCGAGGAACCGGACGAAGAAGCUGACCCUGAUGUUCGAGUUCAACCCCUGAAGGCUGAACACGCCGAGGGCAUCUACGAGCUGUAUCCUGCGAACGAUAUGGAGUGUCACGAGGUCUUCCUACGGUUGAUCAGGACUCUUCCAGCGGCUGGUGUAUUUGCGAAGGGUCGUCUAGCUGCUUGGAUGGUCCAGUCUUAUUACGGAGCGAUGUUUUCUAUGCAGACUAAGCCAGAGUAUCGAAGAAAGGGAUACGGAACGAAAUUAGCAAGGUACCUGACGAAACGGGUCGUCGAGAAAGGUUACCAGCCUUUCGUGGUAAUUCGUCCGGAGAACGAAGCUAGUCAGAGCCUGUACAAGAAGCUGGGCUUCAGAAGGCUCUAUCAAAUAGUCCGAAUGACGUUUAUGCCCUCCACAUGGCAGGAGGAUGAAACCGAAACGAACCGUAUCAUGAGAGAGAACCUGGAGAACGCUGUCAGACAACUGACGAUCGAACAGAAAGUGGUGGACGCGUUGAGAAGCGAGGAAGAGAUUUCCAUCAACGAGGAAACUACGGACAACAAAGAGGAGGCGAUAGAAUCGUUGAACGACGAAGAGAAUCCUGAAGUGGUCGUCGAGGAACCCGAAGACAAAACGGAGAAUCAAAUAGACGAAACUGUCGAGGUUGUAGAAGAAGGGGGAAGAAUAGACAUUUCAGAAUUGUCGAUCGAGGAAACGACCGCUGAUGUUGCGCAACAAGACGAAGAAGCUUCUGGCAACAAUGACGGUAGUAAUCAAGACGAUGGAGGAACAGAUGCUGGGGACUUGGAUAAUUAAAUUAUACGAAUGGAUUAUUCGACCAAAGGUCCAUGAUUUGCAUCGCGUUGGUCGCUCGAGGGUGUGCUCUUCUCUUCAGGAUCGAUAGCGGAAUCGGUUCUAUCGACGAUGACUGGUUCUAUCUCGAUAGAAAGAUUUGCCUCGCACGAAUUAUACAUCAUUGCUCUUAUAUUCUAUAAAAUAGCUAACCAACUUUAUCGACGUUCAAGAUAUUACGAUUUAAAAGCCAUUUCGCAUCUGUUCAAGAAUCAUUUGGAACAUCCCCAAGUAGACACUGUACUAUUUUCAGAAAAUUGUCGAUAGUUUUUCUAUGCUAACGAAGCCAUUCUUGCCAAUUGAAAGUAUACUAUUUGUUAAGUAUUUCUAUUUAUUGUCCAUCGACGACGAAGCCCUAAGUAAGGUUUUUCGUGGAGAAGAGCACUCGAGCGACGCGCUUAAAGGGUGAAAGGGAAGAGAGAAAAUUAUUUUACGAAAUUUAACGAUAUAUUACGGCACCGCGUUCGUGCGAGGCUUCGAUUCGCGUACGAAGAGGCACGAUUCUACGUACGGGUUCCUCAUAUCAGACUGUUCGAAGAAUGUCGUGAGUCUCAGGAAUCAUCUAGACGUAUCCUUUGAAUUGUCAAGGUUAGAUUGUUUCAAAGUCUAUCCGUACCGUGUCUGGUAUCUUCUUGUUAUAUACGUAUGUAUAUACAUAUAUUCGGGGAAAAUUCAUUGUUCUAUUUGUCACGGUAACGCGAGCUGGAUCAUUCGCAUAAAUCGAUCCAUCUCGAUACGUGAUUUUGGAAUUGAACGUUUCUUCGGAAUUCACGCGAAUGUUUUGUUAAUCGUUUCUCGUAUACUUUAGUCAAAAUAUUUGUUAAAAUUUCACGAGUUGAAUUAUCGAACGAUUAAAGAUUAAUCCUUCGAGCGAACAGAUUCUUCGACCUAAAAUUAUCCGCAGAUUAAUACAAAUUUUAAUGUCCGACAAGUUACACGUGUUUUUAUCAAAAUAGCAUCUUGUCGUUCGGUGAAUUGACCUGGAGAUGCAACGAGUACAAAUCAACGUGUAAUUGGGUAUUCUGUUGCACGAGGAAAAUUGAAUAUUAAAAUUACGAGUACCUGUGUCCCAUUCGUUUCUUAAGCGACCAAAAUUCACGAUAGACUUUGAGUAACAAAACGUUCGAGUCCAAACGAUAAAUUGUUUGUUACAUGUAUCACGAUGAAAAAACAAGGAACAAACUGUUGCGUGCGACGAUAGAAUAUCAGCCACGAAACGCGCGACCGCUGUUAGAAAACUUUCGCGCUGAAUCAGUCUGUGAUUAUAAUUUCCUUAUGUAAAGUAGCGUUUCGAGCAAAAAUUCAGAAGCCUCGUGCGACCUCGACACGCUUUCCUUAAUACAAGUAGAAGCCAAUUACUGUGCCGGCGACGUUCGACCCGUAGUUGUCAAUUUCCAGCCAACGUUCGAUUAUAACGAUAACAGCUUCGAUUUCAGCCACGCGUUUUGAUCAUACAGGGUGUAGAGAAUAACGCUUUCGUUUCGAACAAACUUUUUUCUACAGCUUUUCGAACAUUCUAUGGGGUGUUAUAAAGUUAAACUUCACUUUGUACGUUCUAUAAUCUAUAAAUAAAGCAGGUGAUUCGAUUCACAUUCCUAUGGAAUUAUUUUAUAGUGCAACUUCUUACGUCAAUUUGUAAUAUUUUGUGGCGCACAAAAGAUUUUUCUCUGUGAUAGAAUUGGAGCAAGCAAAAUACGUGAUUUUAAAAUUAUAAUUAAUCAUUUCUUUUACUAUAGAAUGUUAAAUGUGCGCUUGACUUUGUAAC